AUGGGUGUGCCGGACAAUGGCCCUGUGAUUGCUGGCGUAACAUGGAUGUUAACGGUGUUGAGUGGUGGCUUCUUGGGCAUCAGGUUCUACGCAAAGAUGAGUCGCAAACAAGGUCUUUGGUGGGAUGAUUACAUUCUAGCCGUUUCUUGGGUCCUCCUACUGGCUCAGGCCGCCAUCACCCAAGCAGGACAACAACUAGGGUUCGGGAAGCGAACAGAAGAUAUUCCAGUCAAAUAUCUCACCACAGUUGCUCUUGGCAUGUCCGUUGCUGCGUCGAUAUCUUGUUUCGCCUCGACUUUCUCGAAGAUCUCCUUUGGCGUCACUCUACUCCGCCUCACGACAGGCUACCUACGCUGGUUCGUAUGGUUCUGCAUCGUCACCCUCUUUCUCAUAAUGUUGCCAAGUGCGUUGGCCACAUGGGUACAGUGCCACCCAAUGGAGAAGGCUUGGAAUGACACUAUCCCUGGGACUUGCUGGGAUCCCAGUCACUCCAUCAAUUAUGGGAUUUUCAAUGCUGCAUGGUGUGCUGCGGCAGACUUUGCGCUUGCGCUUUUGCCAUGGUAUCUUAUAUGGGGAUUACAGCUAAGGCUCCGCGAGAAGAUUGGAGUGGGUAUCGCUAUGAGCAUGGGUGUUUUAUCUGGUGUUUGCGCAAUCGUCAAAGGCGUAUAUGUAAUUCAACUCGGACAGGGGGACUUUUCCUUCAACGGCAAGGAGCUCACCAUUUGGACUGCCGUCGAGACAGCGACUGCCAUUAUUGCCGCCUCCAUCCCCAUUCUCCGUGUGUUCUUCAAGGAAACGAUCUCUUCUUAUUCGCGCUCGCAUACUCGGACCAACAAAAGCGUGCCGCUGUCGAGACUGAACCAAAGUCAACACUCUGCAACUACCACGACCGUACAUGCCAUGGGUAAAGGAAAAGAGGGCCACUGGACCGUAAUCGAAGAAAACGGAGAUGACUCCAGUCAGAGAGGUAUACUGGAUGAUGAAGAGCUGGGAAGAGUUCACCGUAUGACAGCAUAUGAGGACGAUCAUAUCAUGCAGACGAACACGGUCACGGUGACCAUCGAGAGCGAUGCUCAGUCUGACCACAAAGCCAGGUCUUUUCUGGGUAUAGCCCGCUGA